AAAAUAAAUCUAUCUGGUUUAAGCUGAAUCUCUCACAACCUAACAGAUCGUAAGACUUUACAAAAAUACUUUCAAAAUUGAAAAGCCGAUACCAUUUUGCAAUGGCCCACAAUUUGAUCACUGAGCAAGACCAGGAGGACCUUUCCCCCAAAUCGGGAUUCUCCACCGGUUCGGUCAUCAAUGAGAUCAUCUCCAAGUCCCUGACAACCGAGGAUCUGCCUUCGGCCAAGCAGCCCUCAUCUCACAUCUCCUUUCGAACUCUGGCCAGAAUGGUUAUGAUUCUAAACGCAAACCUCAAGAAGGCAAAUAGGGCAGGGGAUGUGGACUACUGGCGCAAUCUCGCCGAGACCCUUGGGGAGUCCAAUGAGCGCUAUAAGCGGGUCAUCGACAUGCAGCGCAAGAGGAUCGACACCCUGGAGCAGGACCUGCGCAACCUGGUCAACCUGGCCCGCGAGACCCAGCUGUUGCUGGCCGAGAUCGGAGCCGAGAAGAGGGCCAGCCAGGAACUUGGUCACGGCGAGCACGCCGACUAGAUUUUACAUCAUUUCUACUUUCGAACUUCCUUUCAAAUCUUUCAUAAACCAUUGUUAAUUCCAGUUGUGA